CGAAAAGCAGGUUGCCAGUGAGCUCUCUGCAAAUAUUGACUGUCCAUUACUUUAGAAGCGCUUCGACAACCCGCGAUUCUGCCCUGUAAGGAUGGACAGAUGCACUACGGGUGUGUCCUCUGCCAGUCUUGCAGCACUUCCCACAGAGAUACUCUUUCUGAUCACGAAGCGACUUGACCUGGCCGCCCUCGCGAGGCUCGCGGAUACGUGUCAUGUUCUCUACCAUCGGCUUGAGGAGGAACUGUACAGUCGCCCCGGCACCGCCAGCAAGGCUCUCACAUGGGCUGUCUCUAAGGGCGUCACUGCGACUAUUCGUCGUGCAGUUACGUUCGGCGCUGAUGUGAGUGCAGUACCAGGAACAGACGGCCGAACAAGAUCAACAUUAUGGCUCGCUGCAAAGAACAAUCAUCUCAACGCCAUCGAGUGCCUCUUGGACCUUGGCGCCGACAUGAACAUGGCAUCCACCCGUCAACGGGAUUACCACAAAUUUCUCAGGUGGCUGUGUUGGCAGUCGCACUCUGACACAACAUUCUUGUUGAAGGUGUUGAAGACCGAAGCAAGCAGGCAGAUCAUCAAGAACGGGUUGAACAGUCUCGAUCUGUGUUUGUAUAUGAAGACCCGCCGCAAGUCGCCCUCGAUGGACGUUGUCCGACUUAUUCUGCAACUCGGCGCAAGCCCCCGCAGGCUACAGCUUGCAGAAGCAGACCUAGACUCUCCGGAGCCUUUGGGUCUGGGCAAGCCAUCGGGCAAGACGAUACAAUGCCCACUCGUUUGCGCAAUGGUAUACGGGGGUUCCCGGCCCCUUUUCGAUCUUCUCCUCGAAUACGGAGCCGAUAUCCAUGGCAAGUCCGGAACAUCUAUUGGUCGAUCUCGAGACUGCGUCCCAAUCUAUUGCGCGACAUUAAUUCAUUCUAUACCCUAUGAUCCAUCAUCCAAAGCCGGCGACAUGUCAUGGAUGCUGGCCUGCCUCGAGGCCGGCGCCGAUAUCAAUCAUCCGGGGAACAGAGAAUCCCAACCUGGGCUACAAUAUGAUCAGGCCUGCAGCCACAAAGACGAGCACUGUUACCUGUCUUGCUCGUCCACAUGGCCAUGUCGUUUCCUGAGCCCGCUGACUAGCUAUCUCGCCGGAAUCAACACCUACAGCAGGGGAGAAUUCAGCCAGCACGUAUGGCCGGAAGAGCUCGCCGGCGUACAAUUCUUUCUCGAUCGCGGCGCCGUCCUCUGGCGGCCAGCCCCCAGCCCUUCUCAGCAUCAUCCACCGGAGCGAUGGGGCAACUUUCACCCCUGGAGUCCACUAGGGCCGCCUCCGCUGAUACCGCACAAGGCAGACAAUCCCAUAGUGUACAGCUUCCUCCUCAACCUCCGGGAACACAAGACGAACGCACCGGUGGCCCUCUACCAGAUUAUGCACUACCUAUGGGACAGACAGCCGCUGGACCACAUUGACGUCGCUAAGAGGCUCCUGUGCGAGCACAAGUACGUGACCUGGCGCCAGUGGCUCCAUAAUGAGCCGCCCGACGCAGAGCACGGCUUGUUCGUACGGCGGGUGAUCCGGGAGUUCUGGCGAUAUCGCGGCGAGGACGCCGCCACGGACUUGAGAUUCAUCGAAACGUUGAAAAGCGGUGACGGGAUGGAGGAGUACCAGAUCGCCGGAGGGUGGAAAGACUUUGAAUGAGUCGUGAAGGGCUCUCCUGCUGCGAAUCUUUUCUAGAAGGAGCUGCGGGGAGGGGAGCGCAGGAGUUGCUUGGAUAUAUUUUGAUGUUUGUUUCUUAGACUUGGUACUCCGCUUUCACGGGGUGGGCAAUCAAGUCAUGAGUUGAAGAGUCACCAGAGAGCUGUAAAGUCAUUUCCCGGCAAUUGAUUAGCGAGGAGGAGCAGCUCCCAUAUCCCACGCAUGAGAAAGCGAACAAGUGGGCAGAGAGCAAACUGAGAACGCUUGAAGGUAGGGGGGAGAGCCCAGAACGUGGGAAGAGCCAUAAAUCCAAAACAGCCCACCAUGACAGGAG